AUGACCGUUGAAUGGGUCGCACCUGCUUCCUCUCCUGCGGUAAAUGGACAACGGCAGAAAAACUGGGAGAGCUUGGUAGCAGCGAAGCGGGAAGAGCUCCAGAAAAGCAUUCCCAACGCAUGGCGCCUGACUGGAAAACAACUUAAACUAUUCUCUCAGAAAGGCAUCAAUCUCGUUGCAGCAGAUGUCUGCAGAAAAAGUGGGAUAUUGUCGGAAUCAGAGCUCGACAUUACGGAAAAUUAUACAGCGCAAGAAUUGCUACAGAAAUUAGCUGCUGGUGAAGUGAGCGCUCUAGAGACGACUACAGGAUUUUGUAAGAGGGCCUCUAUUGCGCAACAACUGUUAUCAUGUCUCACGGAGACCUUCUUCCCUAAAGCCCUCGAACGAGCUAACUUUCUGGACGACUACUUGCGUCGUGAAGGCCGAGUCUACGGACCACUUCACGGCCUGCCAGUGAGCGUCAAGGACAGCUUCGAUAUUGAAGGUGUUCUAUCAACCGUAGGCUACGUGUCUUUUCUUGAACACUCUCCAGCGACAUCAAAUUCGGCCAUGAUCAAUAUGCUAUUAGACCUCGGAGCGGUCUUGUACGUGAAGACCAAUAUCCCGCAGACAAUGAUGACAGGCGAUUCGGAGAACAACAUCUUUGGCCGGACUUUGAAUCCCCGGGAUACCAACCUUACGGCAGGCGGUUCGAGUGGCGGUGAAGGCGCAUUAGUUGCUUUUCGGGGUUCUAUUCUGGGAGUGGGUACCGACAUCGCUGGAUCAAUUCGUAUCCCGGCGCUUUGCUGCGGUGUAUAUGGUUUUAAGCCCACCACCAACCGCAUACCAUUCGGAGGCCAGACAUCAGGAGUUACGACUGGAUUUCCUGGUCUUAUUCCAUCUGCUGGGCCAUUGUCACACAAUCUCAAGGAUAUUCAAAUGUUCAUGAGUACAAUAUUGGAUGCACAUCCUUGGAAAUAUGACGAAACUGCAAUCGGCGCCCCAUGGCACCGCCUUGAAAUUCAGAAAGAAACGCACAAGUUGAUCAUUGGUAUCCUUCCAGAGGAUCCUGCUUUCCCACUCCAUCCGCCCAUUAGGAGGACUCUGGAGAAUGCUAUUACUUCUCUCCGAAAUCACGGCCAUACAAUCGUUCAUCUGCUAUCGGAUGAAAACCGCAGUGUCGCUUACGGAAAUCGUCUUGCGUUCCAGUACUUGACCUACGGUCCUCAUGUUGAUCAUAUUGCAACCAGUGGUGAACCCCUUGUUACUUCUGUCGCCAAGUUUUCUAACCCAAUGUUCACCGGUCCGUUUCCUGUUGCUCAGGAUCUAUCCCUCGAGAAAAAAAUUGUUGCGCUACAUGAAGCGAGACAAAAUUAUGCCAAGACGUGGAGGAAAACCUGGUUGGAAAAUAAACUCCAUGUCAUACUCGCUCCUGGCUCGCAGAACACCGCAGUUCCCCAUGACACGUAUGGCUGGCCACCUUAUACUGUAAUGUGGAAUUUACUGGAUUUUCCGGCAUGCAUUAUUCCAUUUGGGAUUGCAUCAAAACAUCUGGAUCCCGAGCCAAUGAAAGUCCAAGAUAACGUGCAACCAUCUUAUGAUCCCCACGCUGUCCAUGGCUUACCGUGCGCACUUCAGGUCAUCGCACCGAAGUUUCAGGACGAGCAGUGCUUACUUGCGGCUGAAAUAAUUGAUAAAGAUAUUCGAAACAAUUGA